AUGGUGGGGUUACAGAACCUACCUUUCAACGCAGUUUUUCCUUUUCGUUUGCAUGACCCUGUUCAGCAUCCGAAAGCUUAUGUUGUUAUCUUUGUCUGGCAAGUUGUAUUCUUGUGGUAUAACAUGAUAUCCAUUGUGGGCUUCGAGCUGGCAUCUGUUCACUGCUUUCCACAAGUUGCUCUAAAUCUCAAAAUCCUGUGCAUUGAGCUCCGACAUAUUGGCAGGAUAGUUUCCUUUGAUCAGAAUAAUUUUCGCAAUGAACUUAUUCGCCGGAUUCUCUUCCAUCAACGCAUUAUCAGUAUUGUUAGGGACAUCAAUUCUGUGUUCUAUGCACCUUUUCUAGCCCAAAUGAUCUGCUUGUUCUUAAUGAUUUCUUUAUCGACAUUUGAGGCACUCGCCGCCAGACGCGAUCCAAUAGCGGCAUUUCGAUUUGUAUUCUUCAUGGUCUUAUCUUUUUGCCACUUAUCGUAUUGGUCCGUCUUCGGCGAUAUGGUUAAUCAGCAAUCAAAGGAAGUGGCUAUCGCUGCUUACGACAUUUACAAUUGGCAUGAACUAUCCCCCAAGCUGCAGCGGGACAUUAUGUUCAUAAUACAGAGGGCACAAAAACCACUUUGCAUUGUUGCUAGCCCAUUUCCACCUUUCAAUCUAACCAGCUACAUGAUGGUUCUAAAACAAUGCUAUAGUAUUCUGACAUUGCUGCUGGAGGCUCUGGACUAA